AUGUCCAUCUCUGUGGACUUCAACCGCAAUGAUCCAAACAGAGCCCGGCAGAGACUUAUCGCCGAAUACAAUCGCAAGCCUUCCAUCUACGUGGAGAACAACCCUUUGAAAUCAUGCCUUAAGGUGCCCGCAACCGUCGCAGGAUUUGUUGGUGAUUUAUUUCAGCCUGCUGCACAUCUGCAGGAGGAGCGUCGUGAUUGCGUGGAGGAGGCGAAGUCUACGCCAGAUCUUGCUGCAGGUGCUCCUCGUAUCCCGAUGUGCGACGUGAUUGACCUCUCCGUGUAUAAGGUUCUGCAGCGUGCUUUGUGUUACGCCGGUGCGGGUUUGGGUCUUGUUGGUGUUGGUCUUGUGACGUUCUUCGGCCUGUUCACCGCUGCCGGCGCUACGUGCGCAGUGGCCGCAUGCAACAAGAUAUCCGAGGACUGCCACACAGAUACUUGCAAUCCCAAUGACAACGAGGUGUACUACGAAGGGAAGCCCAUCGUGAACACUCACAACAGUUAUACGCCCGGUUCAUUCAGCACAUUUUCUCCAAUGUACGCUCCAUCGACUCCGCCGCAUUGGUCACACGACCUGUGA